AUGGUUUACCCAAAUCCUUUAAUCCUCAUAGACGCAGAACAAUCGAUUUCCGACGAUCAUAGUAACACAAUGAAAUUUGUUCUUCUUCUUCUAAUUCCUACAUUAUCAUCAGCGCAACUUGACUUGAGCGCUAUUAAAAAACAAGCCACCACUCCUUCUGGACCAACAGUUUCUACUGCAGUAGCUACUACUACAACCAAAAUGCUCGAUGUCCUGACGCAAUCAACGGCUGAGGAAGAGUGUGUUUCACUUGGGGCUCAUCUGGCUUCGUUUGAAACACCUGAAGAGGCAACUGCAAUCAAAAAUCUGGUCCUUUUUGCUCCUCUAUUUUCCGAUGAUCUUCAAACUUUCUGGUCGAGUAGCCAGGAAUCAUGGAUUGGUCUAUCGAAAACAAGUAAUGGCGCUUGGAAAUGGUCGGAUUCCACUGAAGUAGAUUUCACGAACCUCCCAGAUGGAACAUCCGUUUCAGAAGCGUCUUGUGUUUCUGUGAGUGGGAAGAUUUUGUUUCGGAACAGAUCGGUUUUUUUAAAGAUGAACAUCAGCGGAGUGUGGCAGUCAAAUAAGUGUUCUUCCACCGUUUCUUCCUUUAUCUGUAAACGAACGGCUGAUUCUACAGCUUGA